UUGGUUGCCAAAAGAAAUACCAUCUCACAUUUUUUCUAGAGUACAAGCUUAUAAUACAUAGCCAUGACAAAACAUAAAACGACACUGUUUUUAAUCCUCAAUAUUCUGCAGAUAAACCUGUUACACCUUUGUUUCUCACAGACAGUGAUCAAGACUCUUCCAGGCUUUUCGGGUCAAUUGCCAUUCAAGCUUGAAACUGGGUACGUGGGACUGGGAGAUGGAGAAGAUUUGCAGAUGUUUUACUACUUCGUGGAGUCGGAGCGCAAUCCAAGAGAUGAUCCCCUCAUGAUAUGGAUCACCGGAGGUCCUGGUUGUGCGUCUCCUCGAACUUUCUUUUAUUAUACAGGGCCCUUGAAAUUUGAUUAUGCAAACUCAGACGGAAAGAUUCCGCAAGUGGUGGUUAAUCCAUAUUCGUGGACCAAGGUGUCGAAUCUUAUAUUUGUUGAUCCACCUGGUUCUGGUUUUACGUAUACGAAAAGUAAGGAGAGCUACAGAAACAGUGACACCUUGAUGGCAGCAUCUAUCUAUGAGUUUCUUAUGAAGUGGCUAAAGACUCAUCCUAAAUUCCUAAAAAAUCCGCUUUAUGUUUCUGGUGUUUCAUAUUCUGGCAUAACGGUUCCGAUUAUGGUUCAGAAUAUAAUUAAUGGCAAUGAAGCGGGAAAUGAUCCGAAGUUAAAUAUAAAAGGAUACAUGAUCGGUAACCCUUUGACAGAUAGAAAUAUCGACUUCAAUGCGAGAAUUCCGUAUGCUAAUCAUUUCGCACUUUUAUCUAAUGAACUAUUUAAGACAACAAAAGCACUCUGCAAUGACGAAUACAUAGAGGUUAAUCCAGCAAAUCAUUUGUGUCUUAAGGCUCUGGCAGAGGUUAACGAAUGCCUCAUGUACCUAUACGACCAAGAAAUACUGGAGCCAAUUUGUGUUAUGGACAUGACAGCCAAGAGUAUCCUGCAACUAUGGAAUGGAAACUCAUCUAAGAGGAAUCCUGCAACUGGACUCCCUUCUUUGUCCCAGCCUCAGCCGGAUUCAUGGUGUCGAGAAGAUAAUUAUAAAUAUGCUAUUGCUUGGACCUCCGAUGAAAGUGUUCAGAAAGCUCUUCAUAUACGUGAGGGCACAAUAGAUGAAUGGGUGAUGUGCAACACGGAUCAUUAUGAUAUCAAUAAAGAGGAUACGGAUACUUACUCAUAUAAUAUUGCUAGCAGCAUAGUUUAUCAUCGUAACCUGACCAAAAAAAAUUGUCGAGCUCUUAUAUACAGCGGUGACCACGACUUGGUCUUCCCAUACAUCGGAACAAUAAAAUGGAUCCACACUCUUGGUUUAUCAGUUGAUAGAACAUGGAAGCCGUGGUUUGUUAAUAAACAAGUAGCAGGGUACAGCGAAAUAUUUUCACACGACAACUACUCAUUGACAUUCGCAACCGUGAAGGGUGCAGGGCACACUGCUCCUGCAUUCAAGCCAGAAGAAUGCUUGGCUAUGGUCGAUAGGUGGUUGUCUCAUGCUCUUUUAUGAAUUAAACUAUACCUUAAUUCAACCACAUAAGCUGAGAUCAGUAAGCUAAGAUUCAGUCACAAGUGAAGCUAUUAUAUGCUUAUUCUGUCUAUUAAUUACAUAUGUAUUGUUUGGGUAAAAUAAGGUGAUCAUGACGAUCGGGAAGAACAUUGGUGUUCUCAUCAAAAUUUCAAAAUUUAUAAUUAUCACCGUGUAUGUAUGGUAAAAAUUCCCCUUACUCCUUAUAAAUUUGAAAUGGUUACACUUGGCC